AUGCCGACUCGAAAACAGCAAAAGCAACACGCAAGAAGCUCCUGGACGGGAGAAAUCUCGUCGGAUGGACAAGCGACGGAUAAUAUGGAUUCUAUUCCAGAAGACUUGGAAGUACAUUCCUCAUCAUCGAACAUUGGGCAUUCGUUGCCAAACCCUGAUGAAGUUGAUCGACCAGACAGAUCGCAGCGCAAGUGGCUGCUAUGGGUGGCUCUUUGCCUGAUUGUGAUUGCCGCGACUGCCAUUGGAUUGGAACUGGGACUUCAGCGUGGUGAUGAGGACCCAAGAAAGAUUCAAAAUGCAGGUACCGCCCGAGACACCGCCUCCGACCAAAAGCGAAGAAUUCGAUUGCAACGUUAUUUGGUCAACAAUGAAGUCAAUACCAAUGAAGAAUUUGAUGAUCCCGAGAGCCCUCAAUCCUUGGCUCUAGAUUUUUUGGCAAUGAUUGAUGAACAACGACUCAACGCUCCGUCUGGUGACUUGAGAAGUAGAGAUGGUUACCGAUUGUUGACUCGAUACGUCAUGACACUGUUCUACUACCAAAUGGACGGUCUGAACUGGAACUUUGAUCUACUUUUCCUAUCCGACUUCGACACUUGUUAUUGGUUCUCCCUCUUUGAACCUCCAGUGGGACAGCUAGGUGUCAUUUGUAACGAAAACACCAAUGAGAUUACCGGGUUUUCAUUCAUCAGCGACAAUAUCUCUGGACAACUUCCAAAAGAGCUUGCCCAUCUCACCACUUUUUCCUACAUUGAAUCGAUCGGCAAUGACAUCAGUGGAACUAUCCCAGAUGAGUUUGAAAAGCUUACCAAUUUGAGAACCAUGGUAUUUGCAUGGAAUGCCAUGAGUGGGACUAUUCCUUCGUGGAUCGACAAUCUCAAUCGAUUAGAGUUCUUGUAUCUAUCGAACAACCUGUUCACAGGAGCUGUGCCCAAUCAGGUUGAAAAGCUUACAAAUUUGAAGGUUUUGGCAUUGAACGAUAACGUGCUUGAUGGUGAUGUAAAUUCCGUCUGGAAGCUUCCAAAGCUGGAGUAUCUAUUCUUGGAAGACAAUCAAUUCACUGGACAGCUGCCACAAAAUUUGGGAAAUGUUGCGUCGCAACUUAUCAACUUGGAUAUCUCGUCCAAUGGCAUGGUUGGACCACUUCCGUCUGAUCUCUUUGAACUCUCAAGCCUAGAGAUUGUCGAUCUUCACGGCAAUGACUUUACUGGAGUGAUCCCAGAGGCUGCCAUUACGACACCGAGUGCAAUCAAGUUCAUUGCUCUGCACAAAAAUUCUUUGAAUGGACAGAUUCCUCCCAGUCUAACAACAUUAAAUGCCCUAACACACUUGGACCUGUCCAGUAAUGACUUGCUUGGCCAAAUUCCAGACCUUGGUACCAUCGCCGACCUUAAGUAUCUCUUUUUGGGUGAAAACAACUUUCAAGAAGGACCAAUUCCAAACUUCAUCUUCACCUUCCGACAGUUGAAGGAACUCUCGUUGAAGCGCACCAAACGGACAGGAAAUAUGAGUCCGCUGUUCGGAUCCCUAGAUAAGCUCGUGGUAUUGGACUUGGACAACAAUAUGCUGACUGGUCCAGUUCCAGCAGAAAUGGGCACCAUGACGAAUUUGCAGUUCGCCUUACUGAAUCGAAAUUUCCUCGAUAGCACUUUGCCCUCGGAAUUGAGCAAUCUCUCCGAUCUUCGCCUGGCCUUGCUCAACUCCAAUAAUAUUACUGGCGACUUUAGUCCAAUCUGUGGGCUUCCGGCAUUGGCAGUUGCCAUUAAUGAUUGUAAGGAAACCACCUGCGAUUGUUGCCAACUAUGUUGCUCCAAUAACGAAAAUUGCCACCAAUAUACUGAGAUUGCUUCUCAUGAUCCCAGCUGGGAGACAAGCUACCAACGGACUUUCUUUGACUUUUCCACAUUCCAGCGCUUUGGAGUGAGAGAUGUGAACAAACAAAAUAAUUAA